CUAGUGAUGUAUCAUGGGCGUGACUAAUUUAUGGACGAUAUUAGCACCAGUAAAGCAACAUACAUUAUUAUCUGAACUUAAAGGACAGACGUUAGCUGUAGAUUUAUCAAUUUGGGUUUGUGAAAAUCAAUCUGUGAGACAGAUGCAAGGUGUGGUUGUUAAACCUCAUCUCAGAAAUUUAUUUUUCCGUGUUUCCUACCUGACACAGUUGGGUGUAAAGCUGGUAUUUGUUGUAGAAGGAGAGGCACCAGAAUUAAAAUGGGAAGAAAUGUGGAAAAGACAACAAGCUAGGGGUUUAGUAAAACCAGGCGCUACAUUUAAAGGCGGUAAAAGAAAGAGAUCACAGUUUACUUCAUGUUUGAAAGAGUGUUGUCAGCUGUUAGAUCUACUAGGUAUACCACAUAUAACUGGUAAUGGAGAAGCUGAAGCAAUGUGUGCUACAUUAAAUGCUGCAGGGUUAGUUGAUGCAUGUAUAACGGAUGAUGGAGAUGCCUUUCUUUAUGGUGCACAAACUGUCUACAGAAACUUUACCAUGAACACAAAGGAUCCACAUGUAGAGAGUUUUAAAAUGGUGGAUAUAGAGAGAAAACUAUGUAUAACUAGACAGAGUCUAGUAGGAUUAUCGUUAUUAUUAGGAUGUGAUUAUUUACCUGGUGGUGUGUGUGGUGUAGGAGUAGCUAAUGCUGUUAAACUAUUGAAGUCUUUAUCUGGUAUAGAUAUAAUACAUAGGUUUCAUGAAUGGAGAAAUAUGAGUUUAUCACAGUGUAUUGAUAAAAUAGAAGUUAAUAUAAGAGAUAAAGCUAUGAAAGUAUCAGAUUUUCCUCAACAGCAGGUAAUAGAUGAAUUUCUUUUGGUAAAAGAAAAACUACCAAGUAAACCUUUUCAGUGGAAGAAAGCGAACAUAUCAACAGCACAGCAAUCAACUAGAUUUAUUUUUCAAGUUGUUAAUAAUGGCGUGGUGAUCGAGGAAUGA